AUGCAAUCUGGUGAUGAAGUCGCAAAUUCUAGUGAUGCAGUUCUCAUGUCGGAUAACUUCUCUCCUUCGGAUUUUAUACGAGAUCGGCUGAAAGGUGUUCGAACUGGAGAUGAGACGAAGAAACUGCAAGCGCUUCGUAGCGAGAUGAACACAAUUAAUCAUGCUUCACAGGAAAUGCUGAAACACAAUGUGUUUCAGAAUUAUCAGCAGUUUAUCGACGCUUCUAAGGAGAUCUCACAUCUUGAAGAAGAAAUAUAUCAGCUGUCUUCGUUGUUAUUAGACCAGAAACAGCUUAUCGAAAAUCUCAUGCAGAUGACCGGAGAUGACAAGUCCUCGGUACAAACUGCGUCCAGUCAUUCAGCAUCCGCAGCAACAGCUACACCAAUUCAAGUGCUUAUGCAGAAAAUGGAUGGAAUUGCGAGCAUUCUCAACAACAUGCGCAGCUCCGACAAAGUGUUACUUUACGGAGAAAUGAUGCUCUUAGAUCCUGAAACUAAGGAAGAUAUUCAUCGUGCUAUGCUAGUCUUGCUGUCAGAUAGGUUACUAAUAGGAAAUGUAACUCCAUCUGGGAAGUACAGCCUUGAAUCCACGUUUUCACUCAAUAACCUUGCAGUAGUUAACGUGAAGGAUAGAGAGAGCGGUCCUGCCGUCGCUGAUCAGUUGCUGAAAUUGCUCGUAUUUCCGGAGCAGAGGUACUAUCGCUGCGACAGUGCUCGAGUCAAGAAAAUGUGGCUUGACGAACUAGAAAGAGCAAAACGAGAGAUUUUGCAUGAAGGCAUCUUAGCUCGGCAAACAACGAUUCGGGGGAAAAGAAUGACUGUGCAGGAAAGAGCGAAGCGCACGCAGUUAUCUCCAACAACCUCGAAAUCGCUCCAGGAGAGUGAGGAGGGGGAAGUCAAUCAAGACGAAAUGGCUUGGCUCCAGGAGCUACCAGCAGAAUUGGAUGAUUGCAUUGCUCACAGAGAUCUCGACCAAGCUGUGGAGCUUAUACACGAGUGGAAGCAAUGCUCAACAAAGGAUUCGAAUAUAGAUGCACAAAUGAAAAUCCGCGAGAACCAGAUCGUUCAACUGCUUAGCGAUGAUGUUCGCCGUCCGGGAGCAGUUCAUGGUGGUCCUCGUGCCAUGAAGAAGGCUCGAACACUUCUUGCUCAAUUAGGAAGAGGGACGUAUGCAAUGGAUCUCUACCUUCGUCGACGUAGUGCGCUGCAGCGCGCUGCUAUCAAAGAUAUAGCUGUGUCCGAGGAACCGCUAUCUUACGUUCGUCAAUUGUGCACACUUUUCUCUGGAGCGGUUACAGAUGUCGCGAGCGAAUUUCACUCGCAACCCCAAUACUACUGUCAGGUUUUACAAUGGUGCUCUGGUGAACUCAGCAUGUUGUUGUCUCUCGUUCGAAGACACGUCAUUGAGGUCGCCCCCGCAAUGACAGUGCUCGCAUUUACAUGGGGAAUUCUGAUGAAAACUAUGGACGAGCUGACAGCAAUGGGUGUUCAGUUGACGUUUGAGGUUCACCGCCUUCUAGCACCUGCUUUAGAGUCGGCAAUUGAAACCAAUUUCAGCAACAUCAUGCAGGGCGUGAAACUGCGUAUGACGGAGGAGCGUUGGCGCCCAUAUGUCUUGGAAUCUGAGUCGGCCUUGAGUCGACUGGUUGAGGAGCUGUCAGAUGUUGGCCUCAACAUUGACUGGACAGUAGCCAGCGACAGUCGAGCAGCUGUCUUACUUUCACCACAUGCAAUUCAUUUUGCCCGCGUAGCACAUUCGGUUGCCAGAGAUUUGGCGCCUCUCAGGGGAUCUCCGGCUCGAUCUGCGUGUGAUCGAUGUAUAUUUGAACUUUGGAACGAUUAUCUUCGGCAUUUAUCGUCUUCUAUAUGUGAUAGUACAGUUUAUGCAUAUACUGCCACUUUUAUACUUACUCAGGUGCUACCGCUUUGCGAAACGACUUUGUACUGUGAUGAUGAUCCAAACGACGUGCUUACCCGCCUAUUAGCUGAAAAUUAUCCUAAACUUGUUCCUUAUGCAAAGGACAGUGAAGAAGAGGCUAUAGAAGAAGAGGAAGAGGUUGCGCAUAUUUGA